AUGUAUACGAGGGGAAAAGACCGCACCGGUAUCAUCGUCGGAGUUUAUGUUGAUGAUCUAAUUGUAACAGGGGAGGAUUCGGAGGCAAUCGCAGCAUUCAAGCAACAGAUGAUGGCUGAGUUCGAGAUGAGCGACCUCGGCCUGCUCACCUAUUACCCUGGGAUUGAGGUGGCACAAGGUGAAGACGGUAUCUGGAUCAAACAAGCAGCCUAUGCCAAAAAGGUACUAAUUCAAUUUGGCAUGCUUGAUUGCAAUCCUACUAAAAUCCCUAUGGAACCAAGGUCACAGUUGAACAAGGAUCCCAAAGGACAAUCGGUGGAUGCAACUGAGUAUCGACGAGUCAUCGGAUGUCUAAGGUAUCUUCUCCACACAAGACCAGAUCUUUUGUAUGCUGUCGGUGUAGCUAGCAGAUUCAUGAAGAGACUGACAGUGAUGCACCACAAAGCAGUGAAGCAGAUUUUGCGUUAUUUAAAAGGCACAAUCAACUUCGGUCUUGUAUACACCAAAGGAAAAGGAGAAGAGGUGAUUAUCGGGUUCACGGAUAGUGACUUGGCGGGCGACGUCGAUGACUGGAAAAGCACCGGAGGCAUGGCAUUCUAUGUAAAUGAAAACCUAGUCUCAUGGAAUUCGCAGAAGCAAAGACCGUUGCUCUGUCUUCAUGCGAAGCUGAGUUCAUGGCAGCAACUGCGUCAGCAUGUCAAGCACUUUGGCUCAGAGGACUGCUGGCCGAGCUGA